AUGCAGUUUGGCCCUGUUGUCAGUGAGGCGGAAAUACGGACGGUGCAGGACGGCAUUGCAAACGGUGUUCGCAGUGACGGCCGAUCCCUUACGCAGCGCCGUCCCUUCACCGUUGUGACUAACCGCGGCUCAACCACACAUUUUGAAGGCAGUAGUGUUGAGGUGCAUUGCGAUGGUACCACUGUUGUGGCCGCUGCAACACCGUCAGUUGUGGAACUGGACAUCGACCGCGGCCAGGCACCGCGUGGCUCAUUGUUUGUCAACAUCGAUGCCGUUCCCGCUGUGGUGGAGCAUUACGCGCAAUCGGUGCGAAAUAACAGCGCCCGCUACCGUCAAGCCUUCCUUUCCUUCUUAGCAACGGCCAUCCGUCAAACGUUCGGGGCACAAGGCGUUACGGCUGAGGAGCGGCAGCAGCAACUGGGAAUUGCGGAGGCGGAGAUUAUUGCUGAUGAGGGAGAUGAUGAACAAAGGGAGGAUGCCUUCGGGGGAAGAGGCGCAGCAGAGGAGAAGCCGGUGGAAGAGACUGCGGAACAACGGGUGGAUUGUUGCGGAUUUCCCGGUGAACAAUUGUAUAUUGGAGGGGGAUAUGCUUUUCGUAUUGAUGUGGACGCGCAUGUACUGCAGGCUCAUGGGGGGAGUUUGGCCUCCAUCGUGGCGCUAGCGGUGCAUGCUGCACUCAAAACUGUACGACUACCAAGUGUUACCCUUCACGAAGCCUCCGCCGGGUUUUCACUGGAAGUGAACUACAGUAAACCGUAUGCCACAGCAGUAAAUUGGAGUCGGCUACCGGUGUUGAGUGUUGUGCAUGUGUCGCCCACGCGGCAUUAUGUGGUGGAUCCAACGCGGUUGGAGGAGUUGGCGCUGCCGCAGCAGUUGCGUGUGGCAGUCAACAGCUUCGGGCAAGUGUUUCACAUGCGAUUUCAGCAGUUGCCUUCGCGCCGCGGGAAUGCCAUGCGACUUAUUCGCAGUCCGCGGGAGGAAGCUGGAAAGGAUAACAGUAACGAUAAUAGCGAGCGCGAUGUUGAUGGUGAUGAUGUGGACGACAGUAGUCGAAGAGGUUUUGAUGCCGGUGUUAAGGGAACGGUGGGUGGGAUGAAUAUGCCCGACAUGGCGGCAGUUCUGCACGCGGCUGUUCACAUUUCACAGGCCGUCAUUGCAGAGUGCGACGAGGCACUUGCGGGGAGUAGUGGGUAA